AUGGUAUCGAUUCAGAGUUGUCUACUGAAUUUCAUUACACUUGCAUCUGCAGUUUCCGCGGCAGAUGCCUUUUUUUCAAAUAUCCAGGUAGUUGUACCUGAUACAUUAUCAUCUAACUGUACUUACCCAGAUGGUUGGUUUCUAAUUGAAGCUGAAUUAUUUGCUGCUAAAGGUAAAAAAGAUAAUAUAUAUUUCCAAGUUCCAAAAGAAUUUACUUCUUUCCCAGAAGGUUCAUUUGAUCUAACCUACAAGUCCUCUGUCAUUGGUACCGUCUCUCAUUCUGAUAACCUGUUUAAUGUUACUUUUAUCGACGAAGAUCGUGCCAACUUAACUACCACAUUCAACUUCUUAGCUAGACUUACUGACGAUGCUUUAGGCGCAAUUACUGAACCAAUGUCCAUUGAAUAUGAUUUCCAAGAUUCUACAGGUGAAUCGUUCGCUAAUACAAUCAAUUAUAUGCCUCAAAAUGUCUCUGAAAUCAAUUCAUAUGGUGGUAUUUACCAAGAAAAUAAUACUGCUUGGUUUAUCUUAGAUAUUCCAGCUUCCGAAUUAUCUAAUGGUUUAUAUUUUGAAUCUGUCCCAACCGAUGAAGAUGCUUACUUAUAUGAUGAAGGUAAAACAGUGGUUGAAAUAGUCACCGAAGUUGACUCGUUUAAUCAACCAUUGAAAAGUAUCCCAUAUUUGUUUACCGAUUUAUCUACCUCAUCUGAAAUAAGUUUAGUUCUUACAAAUUCUGUUACUGAAGGUUAUUACUUACGUAUUAAGUUCUAUUCUCAACAAAUUACCGGCACCUCAAUCACGAACUUGAUUACUUUGAAAGGUGAACAAGAAGGUUCUUUGUUAAAGAGAGAUACCUCAUUAACAUUUGGUUCAUUAUUUUAUGGCGAUUCAUUAGCUGCUGUCACUGAAGAUGAAGUACCAGUUCAAUUAAAUGAUGUUAUUGUCAGCUACGCUAAUUCAAGUUCCCCAAUUCAAUCAUCAACUGUCUAUGUCUCUUCUAGCAUCAAUGAAGAAACCACUCUACUAGAAUCUGAAUCUCUAACAGCUUCCACCUCUACUUCUGAAGAAAUUGUUACCUCUUCUGCUAACUCUGAAUAUGAUUCUUCUAUCGAAGAAGUACCAAGCUCCACAUCUAGCUACUCCGAAUCAGAGGUCUCAACAUCUUCAUCAGAUUUAGAAUCUUCUAUUCCAGUUGAGACUGAAUUGACCAGUAUCCAAUCGACUCUAUCUGGUUCUAUUUCUGUCCCAACACAAAGAAACAGAACUUCUAGUAGUGUUAUAUCUACAUCUCUAUUUGAAAUUUCUAGCACUAUUGAAGUUUUCCAUUCUUCUUCUUACAGUCAAUGCUCCAGCUUUUCAUAUAUCUACACUACCGCACUCAGCACAUCUAAGACUAACAAUAUUGCAGGUAUAGGUAAAAGUACCACUUCCAGUUCAAAUUCUACCACUGUCGCUUCAUCUACUGAAAUAGCUCCUUCUGCCAAAAUCACUUCAUCUACUGAAAACACUUCAUCUGCUGAAAUCAGUUCUUCUACCGAAAUCGCUUCCUCAUCUGUCCCAAUGACUUCAUCUGCUAUUUCUACUACAACACCAAUUGCCGUUGAAACUGAAAGCUCUGUUUCUCAAUCCGUGCCAUCUACCUCAAGUAGCAAUUCUACUGCUAUAUUGACUUCAACUGUUGUAACUGUCACUAUCGAUGGUCAAGUUACUAGUUACACUAGCUGGUUUCCGAUCUCCACUGUCCAACCAACCAAACCAUUGGAGCUACAAACUGCCACCAUUGUCAACAAUAGUACUAUAACAAAGACUAUCUCAACUCCUCAUCAAACUGUCACAAAUAACGUAGAUGCUGAACUAACUUUCUCUGUUGUUACUAUUACCGUUGAUGGUCAAUUAACAAGUUUCACCAGCUGGUUCCCUGUUGCCACAGUUUCAUCCUCGAACACUACUACAGCAAUUGUUAAUUCAAUUUCUAGUACUAAUUCCACCACUCGUGAUUUAGAAACAACUACCACUACUACCAUCACUGAUUCCCAAAUUUCUAGCCAUACUAGCAUUCCUUCAUACAAUUCAACUACCACCGAAGAAGAAGUUCAAUUAACCUAUUCUGUCGUCACCGUUACUAAGGAUGGUCAAAUCACCUCAUACACAAGUUGGUUCCCUUGCUCAACUAAAAAAACUUCUACAUCUGAAGAGUCAACUCCAACUUCUACAUUUACUGUUUUUAAACCAACUGCUACUGAAGCAGUUUCUAGUGUCGAUUCCGUCGACUUAACCUUUUCAAUUGUUACUGUUACCAUCGAUGGUCAAGUUACUAGUUAUACAAGUUGGUUCCCAAUCUCAACCAUUUCUCCAACAGUAUCUAAAACUGAAGAUGCCGAAAUGACAUCUAAGGUUGUCACUGUCACUGUUUCUGGUAAAAUCACAAGUUACACCACUUAUUGCCCAAUAUCCGAACUUUCAUCAACAAAGAAGAUCUCUUCAACUGAGCAAACUGAUAUCAUUUCAACAAUUGUUACCAAUAACGUUGAUGCCGAAUACAAGACUCACACUACCUAUUAUCCAUUAUACAACAUUACCACAAACUCAACAACUACUUCAACUGCUCAUAUUACUGAAACCACCAAAUUAAACUCUAAGAUUAGUACUUCAAGCUAUGCUCCAAUUUACUCUAUUAACAACAUUACCAAGAGCACUUACGUUACAACUAGACAUAUUUCAGUUGAAGCAAGUUUGGAUGAAUUUGUUUCUAUUAUCGGUCAUUCAUCCUUGACUACUAAUACUGUCAUGUCGAAUUCUACAACCACUCCAGUUCUGUCAACUUAUGAAGGUAUUGCUAAUACAUUUAAAGCUGGCUUUACAGGUUUGACUGUAGUCAUCUUAGCAUUAUUAUUCUAA